AAUUAACUGUUGAAAAUGAUUCUCUAAUUAGUAAUUACUAAUUACUCAAGUUUAAAGAGUCUGGAUCAAUAAACAAAUUUUAUGGAUUCAGAGUUGCGUUUUAAAAAUUUCAAAGUUGAAUCAAUUAAAUGGUCACGAAAAAAAAAGUUCAUUAUCGUUAAUCAAUGAAUCAGCUGAUCCAUAAUCAAGAGAAUUGAUUCCAAUUCCAAUUAAAUCAACUUCAUCUUUCAAUGUUUAUUUUACAUUACUAAUGUUGAGACUAUUUAAUCAACAAUAACAACGAACUGAUGUUUACUUUUGAUUUGUGAUGAUAAUCAGAUGAUUGAAUUUAAAAUUCAACAAGUUUUAGAGCUUCUUCUUAAUCAUUCCAAAUGAUUUAUCUCCCAUUCUAAAGUAUCUCUCAUGUUAAUUAACCCCCACCAGUGUCAUCAUCAAGUCUAAUUAAUCGUCACAAUUACAAUUAUCACCAUCACAAUUAGUUGAAGUCAGUAUUUGAUCAACUUGCUGCUUCUUCAGUUUGACUCAUUCUCAAAUAGACUUGAUUAAUUGUACAUUACUUUUUUAUUGUUGUUAUUGAUUUAUAAUCGAUUGAAUAACUAAUUGUUGACUGUUUCUGUUUCUAAUUGUUAUAAAAAUGAAUAACAAAAAGAUUUUAAUUGUUGUUGGGACUAUUGUAUGUGCUACAAUAUUUGUCAUUGUUUUGUCCAUCUUUUUAACUGGUUCAUAUUUUGGUGACCAAGAUGAACCUCCAAAGUUAAUUGUCAUCUCUUUCGAUGGGUUUAGAGCUGACUACGUUUCUCCGACCUUAACUCCGACCCUUUGGUCACUCAAACAAACGGGAGUGACCGGUAGGAUGUUCCCUCAGUUCAUAAGUAAAACUUUUCCCAAUCAUUUCUCAAUAGCCACUGGACUUUACGAGGAAUCUCAUGGAAUCGUUGCCAAUAAUAUGUACGAUCCUGAGUUGAAUUUAACAUUUGACCUCUCCCAUAGCACUCAAGUUUGGUGGGACAAUGGGUACUCAUUACCUCUUUGGAUAGCAAAUCAGAAAAUGGGUAAUCGCAAGAGUGGAGCGAUCAUGUGGCCUGGAUGUGGGUUCACCUUUGGUGGUGAUCGAGCAUUUUACUCAGUUGAAUUCAACCGAUCAAUUGAUAUGAAGGGUCGAGUUGAUAUUCUCAUGAAUUGGUUUACCGAUAAAACUAAUCCUGCUAAUCUUGUUUUCCUUUAUAUUGAAAAUCCCGAUGAAACUGCUCACAAACAUGGACCCUUUGGAAAUGAAACUUUGGCCCAGGUUCGAAUGGCCGAUGAAGCGGUAGCCUAUUUAUUGGAAAAUUUAGAUAAUCACAAUUUAACCUCAUCAACCAAUAUCAUCUUGGUUAGUGAUCAUGGUAUGGAAGAGUUUAAAUCAACCACUACCGUUAAUUUAACCGAAUUGGUUCCUGAUCAAACUUCAUUCCAACAAUUUGGUGGAUCUCAAGCAAUUAGUAUUCUACCUAAUCCUGGAGUAGAAGAUCAAGUUUACCAAAUGUUCAACACUCUUGGUAAAACUAAUCAUUUCAGAGUUUACAAGCGAGAUGAGAUUCCCGAGGAAUAUCAUUACAGAGAUAAUAUAAGAAUCCAACCAAUUCUAUUGGAGGCUGAACCAGGCUAUGAAAUAGCGUUCAGUUCCUGGAAACAUCCUGAUUCCAUGUGGGGUAAUCAUGGUAAUAAUAAUACUCAACCGGAAAUGGAAGCGCUUUUUAUUGCCUCAGGCCCUCAAUUCAAAGAUUCAUUCAAUUUAAAUGGAACCUCAUUUUUCAACAUUGAUCUUUAUCCAAUUAUGGUUGAUAUACUCAACCUCAAUGUUGGUAAUUACAAAUGCAAUGGAACUGAUUUAAUUACGAGAAAUUUACUUGCUGAACUUUAAAUUAUUAGUAAAAUUGUGUAAUUGCAUUUAUUAAACUAUUCUUUCAUGUAUUAGAACAAUUGAAUUUUAAUUCAAAUUAUCAAAGAAAA